CGCCGUCGAUAUUUUACGCACUUUCGCUUUUAUGGUCGCCGUCGCGUCGACGUCCGACAACCCAGGAAGAUGCCACAGAAAGCGCUGGGAUCCAUUGUAGGGCUCGUGUGUACCGGCGUCUGUCUGGUGCAGGAAACUGACUCCGGCUCAGUUCGUGUUGCUGCGUGUGACGUCAGUUAUUCAAAGUUUUCCAGAUUUUGUCGACGGUCACUUGCGACGAGACUUGGAGUUCGGGCGAACAGCCGCCGUCCCCGACGUUUUAAUGUCUCCAUUUUGCAGUUUUGGAUGAAGGAGGUCGAGAUGAACGUUAGCUCUUGCUAACGGCACCGGGCUAGUUUUAGUCGAAGCAGUUGAUAGUGGCUUCCUAGGCCGAGGGGGGCUAGCCACUGGCUAGACACGGAUGGAGUCUCUUUUAGGCAAGGAGUUCUGUUUUGGGGUGAACAAUGAGCAAUACCGCUGCGAGAUGGGAUACUGCUGCGGAGAGACGGAAUGCUGCACUUACUACUACGAGCUCUGGUGGUUCUGGUUAGUCUGGACCCUGAUCAUCAUGCUGAGCUGCUGCUGCGCCUAUCGACACCGCAGGGUGAAAAUGCGGCUGCAGCAGGAGCAACGGCAGCGUGAAAUUAGCCUAAUGGCUUACCAGGGCGCCUCCAGCUCCUUCAUUUCACCCCCGCCACUCAACCCCAGAUUCUGGAACGACUGCAAGCUCCCCGACUACGAGGAGGUGGUGGGUCAUCCUCCCACACCGCCGCCCCCUUACUCUGAAAACCCUCCCGAGGCCGCUCCAGCUGACCCCCCUCAAGUUAGUCAGCCGGCCGUCGCUGUCGCGGCGGACCCGGAACCCCCGCGGGCCGUGCAGCCCGGGCCUGCCGCCGAUGCCUUACAUUCAAACCAGGGAGCCGCCGCCUCGCCGCCGUCCUCGCCUCAGGAGAACGCCGAGGAGGAGGAGGACGACGAGCUCAUCACUCGCCGCCGGCACGUGACCGGCGACUCAGGGAUCGAAGUGUGCGUCUGCCAGCUGGACGAGGGCUCGGGGCCGGAGGAGGAGAGCGACGAGGAGCGGCGUUUGUGCGGGGCCGCCGGCGGGGAAUGCUGCUCCCGCCACCACCAGCACGCCUUCAGACACAAGGAGCACACCUGCGACACGCCCAGCCAAGCCACCGGCGCCGGAGACAGCAUGGUGUGAGCCCCCCAACCCCGGUUCCCUCCAGCUCAGCCAACCCGGUGCGACGCCCGACUUUUAACAUUGUCACCACGCCGGAACGUCUGUUUUAAUCCACCCGGCUAACGUGGAAACCCCACACUCAGAUGACGACGAUUGCUAACCCCCCCCCGCGACACGACUCGCUUAUUCGUCCACUUGGCUCUCCGUUCCUUUAGUUUUUCCGUUGAGUGAAUUGAUUGGGCUUGACGAGGCUACGGGUUCCCAAACCUUUUUCGGUCCAGGGACCCUUUAUAGGGAAGGAUUUGGUUUUCUACCUUCGUUUUGACACCAAUUGGACACAACUAGCAUCUCAGUGAAAUGAUCCAGUUUGAAUGUUUCAUCCCUUGACUAUACAGAGGCAGGGAUUAAAAAAAAAUGAUGAAACACAAUAAUUAAUUGCAAAUCAUUUUGCGGCUCCCAGUUUGAGAACCCACAGACUAGACUAGGCCGUUAAUACUACCGUUCCUACUUUUGGCUCGUCGGGAGCAUUUCCGCCCGCUUCUUCAGUUUGACACAUAACCGUCCGCUCGGGAUGUCGACCCCCAAGACGCACACCAGCAAAAGGGUCAAGUUCCGUCUCCCUUCGGUCCGCACGUUGCUGAGUCUACAAGUGGAGAAAGAAAACUUAGCUAUGACUGACAGAAUGAGCAAAUGUCACCAAAUGCAGGGUGCGGCUGCACGACCCAGACAGGGAGGCGGCGCGGUCUUCGAAACGUGUCGAGAGUCAUUACUAGUGUCGUUUGGAGGAAAGGCGCUGUUAACAUCUUGCUAGUUUGCAUGAUUUCAUCUUAGCUUGUGUUAUUUUAAAACUUUUUUUUUUUUUAAAUUUGGCUGCAAUGAUUUGCCCCCAGACAGUUAUGAAAAAGUCAGCGCGUCUUUCAUUCUGAUCGGAAGCGUGGCCGUCGGGCUCAUCUGUACCCCGAAGUUUUGGCACCCGGGAGUGAUUUGCUGUGGUAUUUUCCACUGG